GGUUAGUGAAUAUCCCUAGGCCAUUCAAAUUUCCGUGACUGUUUGGUGUGACUGUUUGCGUUGUAUCAACCGAAUCACCUCAGAGCGAUAUUUCUCGUCAUUAGUCAAAACAAAAGCAUUCCGUGAUCGUCCGAGAGUCUCCGGGGCUGCUAAAAUGGCACAGAAUAUCAAUCCAUUUUACUCAUCUCCAAGUGCUAACAGCAAGGCCAGAGAGGAAAAGCAGAAUAUUCCCAAAGACAACCACGCAGUCAGCAAAAGACUGCAGAAGGAGCUCAUGGUCCUCAUGAUGUGCACAGAGAAGGGCGUAUCUGCAUUCCCAGAUGGCGAGAAUCUGUUCAAGUGGAUUGGCACCAUCACUGGCCCUCGAGACACUGUGUACGCUGGGUUGACAUACAAGCUGACCCUGGAGUUUCCACACAGCUAUCCAUACAGUGCUCCAGUCGUUCGUUUUGUCACCUCGUGUUUUCAUCCCAAUGUCGAUCCAGUUGGAAACAUCUGUUUGGAUAUUCUCAAGGACAAGUGGAGUGCUUUGUACGACGUUCGUACUAUUCUGCUGUCAAUCCAGUCUCUUCUCGGAGAGCCAAACAACGACAGCCCCCUGAAUCUCCUAGCAGCUGAGCUGUGGAACGAUCAGACAAAAUACAAGAAGCAACUCCUGCAAGAGUACCACAAAGACGUGGAUCGUAAUCCCCAGGAUUCAUGAUAAGCAAAUAUAAAAAAUAUCAAAAUUUCAUCUAUACUAUUACCAUCUUUCAUACUGCAAAGGAUAUAAAAAGAACAUAAUAUUCAUUACAAUCGAAGUAAAAUGAAAUAAGGAGUCUUGUUCUCCAUCGAUUAAUUGAAAUUGGCACGUUCCCGAUGAAAAACUCGGACAAGCGGCCUAUUAGCGUAAAUUGAAUGAAAAAAAUAAUGAUUGAAAAAGCGUUAGUGUGGAUUGAUUAAGUAUUAUUGAAAUUUGUGGUGAAAAAAAAAAACAUUGAAGUGAACUCCAGCUAUUGAAUAAUUGCGUGUCUAAUUGUAGAGCAUUCUGGUACUCGUCUGAAUCUAUUAUUUAUUUCAUUUUUCAUGUUAGUGGAUAAAUUCCAGUGGUCUCGAGCAAUAGGUGAAUAAUAGAACAAAAUCGUACAGUAGAUAUCUUUUCCUUCCGUUCAUUGUCGUCUUUUUCUGGAAUAAAUAUUUUUAAUGUACAAACCAA